AUGUUGAUGAGAUUUUACUCUGACAGUGAUGAUGAGCCUUUGUUUAUGCUUGCAGUAACGAAUCUUUACGCCUACGAAGACAAGUUUAUGGAUUGCACCCACGUGUCGUGUUAUUAUUCUCUCUCUCUUUCUCUCUCUCUCUCUCUCUCUCUCUCUCUCUCUCUCUCUGAGCAUCAUGCAGAAGUUUACAUUACAUUAACAUUGAAAAUCUCCACCCUGGCUGGGAAUGGUGUCUAUCUCUAUCUUAUUGAUAAUUCUCUUACAUCCAUCUUUGUUUUGACGAUACUUCUCUUCCAUCCAUCUCUAUCUUAUCGAUACUAUCUCUAUUUUACUGAUACUUACUUCUCUUCCAUCCAGCUCUAUUUGAUACUUCUCUUUCAUCCAUCCCGGUUUUAUCGAUAUUUCUCUUUCAUCCAUCUGUAUUUUAUUGAUACUUCUCUUUUGAUCCAUCUCUUUUUUUUAUUGAUACUUGUCUUUCAUCCAUCUCUAUUUUAUCGAUACUCCUCUUUCAUCUAUCCCUAUUUUAUUGAUACUUCUCUUUUGAUCCAUCUCUUUUUUUAUCGAUACUUCACUUUCAUCUAUCUCUAUUUUAUCGAUACUUCACUUUAA